CAUCAAGUUAAUGCACAGCAGGAGAAUGGAAAGUCUUCUGAGGUUUUCACUACUACUCUUGUUGGGCUGGAGUGGGUUUGCCAUACAAAGCACAGUGCAGGAGAAUAUCUACCAAGAUAUUGCCUGGUCUGUGGCAAAAUGGGAGGCCAUCAAAAUGCUACCACGAAAACCUAAGGAGGAAAUAUGUUUUGAGAACUUGGGAUGCUUCUCCAAUGAUGAGGGACCCAUGAGUCACCUAGAUCUCCUCCCACAAACACCAGAAGAAAUUGGGACACAAUUUAUACUGGACCACAAUGAUCCCGAACCACCUGAAACCCUUGAUCCUGAUGCACUGCAGAACUCUGGAUUUAGGCCAACUAAACCUACUAAGAUCAUUGUUCAUGGUUUUGCUUCUGAUCCAAACAAAGAUUGGAUUACAGAGCUACGACAAGGAUUCCAUGAGAAUGGCGAUUUCAAUAUCAUCACAGUAGGUUGGACUGAUGGAGCUUCGUCUCCGAACUACAUUCAAGCAGCUGUGAAUGCCCAAGUGGUAGGAAGACAGAUUGCUAACUUCAUAGCUGCAGCUGUUGCAUUAGGAAGCAACAUUGGUGACAUUCAUUUAGUUGGAGCUAGCCUGGGUGCUCAUGUUAACAACUUUGUUGCUAAUUGGCUACGUGAUACACACAAUGGACUGAAAAUUGGUAGAAUUACAGGAUUGGAUGCAGCUCGUCCAUUCUUCAAAGAUGAUCCCUCAUAUGGUCUGGACACACACUUGGAUGCAGGAGAUGCAGAGUUUGUAGAUGUAAUACACUCAAAUGCAGGACUACUCAUUGCUGGAUGCUUGGGCAUCAUUGAACCAAUAGGAACAGUGGAUUUUUAUCCAAAUGGAGGAUCAGACCAGCCUGGAUGUAACAACCUCUUCUUUGGGGCUUUAGAGGACUUUUUCACUGGGGAUGACAGCUACAUAUGCAAUCACCACAGGGCAAAUUAUUUCUUCAUUGAGUCCUUGAAAAGACCACAAUGCACCUAUACUGCUAUACCAUGCUCUGACUUGACUGACUUUGAAGAUGACUUUGUCCAUGGAUUGGGUUCAUGCUUCACUUGUGGAGAAGGGGGAUGUGGUCAAUUGGGAAUCAAUGCCCAUGGACAAUCUUCUCAAUAUCUCAUCACACUUCAUCCUGAUCAGGAAGCAGGGCACUGUGGGUUCAUGUGGCACUUGAGUAUCAAAUCCACAGAAUUGCAAGAACUCAGCACCUACGGAGAGUUCAGAGUCACACUGCAAUGGAGCACCGGCUAUACUCUUGGACCUUUUAGCAUCACAGAAGAAGAUGAGCUGAUGGAAAAAGGACAGGCAAAGGGAAGAGUUGUCAUUUCAGCAUGGGACUCUGUUCCAGUGGAAGACCCAGCCACUGUCAUACUAGAGUAUGUGGCUUAUGAUGGGUGGAUCUUUAAUGGCAAAGACCACUGGCUUCUGGAUACUCUCAUUGUGAAGGCACAGGAUGGCCGGAGUAAGCAAGAGACUUUCUGUGCUUUUGCAGCUUCUACUUCUGUGAGAAGUACUUUGAGCUCUGGACUGAAGUGCCUCAACAAGUUGUGCUUUCUACAAGCCCAUGUGACAUGA